CCGAGCAUUUUCGCCUCCUUCAACUUUCCACCAACACAUCUUCAUAACCACACCCACAACCACGACCACGAACCACACCCGUAUCGAACCUCUCCUCCUCCAACCCCUUUCGAACACACCGAAAACAAAAAAGAAAACAAUGUCCCGCCUCUUCCGCCUCCGCCCCCUCCAAACCAUCAUCCACCGCGCGCCCGCCGCCGCCCGCCUCUCCUCCUCCUUCUCCCGCGGCCCCGCGCCCCCCCGCCUCCCCGCCGACCAACAAGCCGAGUUCGAGCGCCUCCAGCGCGAGGCCUCCGUCUCCAGCGCCUUCCAACACCUCGUCAACGCCGCCGUCGCGGACUCCCAGGCGUCCCCCGCGACGACCCCUACCCCGACCGUCGCCGCCACGGACGAGGACACGAUGCACCCCAACUACGUCCGCGGCGCGCCCCCCGAGUUCGAGGGCGACGUCAACCCCCGCACCGGCGAGGUCGGCGGGCCCAAGCGCGAGCCGCUGCGCUGGGGCGCCGGCGGCGACUGGAGCUACAACGGCCGCGUGACCGACUUUUAAAAGAAAAGAAAAAAAAUUGGCGCCGCAGGGGGGAGGGAGUUCUCACCCAGGGAAGUCUCUGGUUUGCUACCCGGAACAUGUCCCCCAUUUACAGAUAUGGGUUUAAGAGGUGGCCUCGCGAGGAAGAGGGCCGGAGCCAGGGCCAGGUGUACCACCACCAGUGUAUAGUACAUUACAUACCAUAUUCAAUGCAAGAUACCAGUCACCAAUACCAGUCACGAGUGAUCGUGCAAGU